UGCAGUUUGUAGCCGUAAUGUUCAUUGCGGGAGAUUGCACGCGCUGUGGUCACAUGAUCAGUAGCUGAUCAAAAUGGCGGCUGCAAAGGGCGCAAAAAUGUAUUCUUUGUGCGGAAACGUAUUUUUCUGCUUUCUGAUUUGUUUGGUUGGUUGUGUGAAGGAGAUAGCUUUUCCUUUUCAGGCCUGUGUUCUUGAAGAACUGUUGGGGUUUGAAAAGGAAGAGCUGCUCCAGGUAAUUGUAAAGUUCUGUCAACUGAGAAUGCAGGGUUGGAUGCUGUUGUCUUUCCUAUAUCAUUGUUUGUGUGUGUUAAGCCUGUUGCAAGCAUUAGAUUUGGUCUGGACACCAAUGGGGAUGAACAGUGGUAUGGGAGAGAUGCAGCAUUCAUGUGACUUGAGAAGAAGUGAAAACUUGAAGCUUUUGAAAAUAAUGAGAAUAUGGGAAAUGGUCCUCAACCAAGGAAGAGAAUGAUACAGUUGUUGUAUGUAUGUAUUAUGAAACAUUAAUGAUGCAGACAGUUAUUAUGAAUAACUACAUUUAUAUAUUUUUUCUUCUGUAGAAUAUUUCCUCUGUUGAACAGGUAAUGUAUAACUGAUGAAUGAGUAUGCCUUAACAGUUCUAGUUUUUAUGUAUUUCUGCAUUGCUUUUUUUCAAAGCAGUUUGAGUGUACACAGAUUUCAAUGUAUAUCACCUGGCGUUGAGUAAAAAUUAUUUUUCGAAAUCAGUGCUACUAAAAAAUUUCAAGUUUACCAGUGAUUUUUAGUGAUGUAUGCAUGUAUAUCAUUAUAUGUUGUAUUAGCAUUGAUUUGAAAGAAAAGUAUUUAGUUCCAUAUCCUUAAUUGCACUCACGUGCUAAACAGAGGUAAUGUACUGCAUUUUAACUGUAAUACUUAGAAUGAAUAUCAAACAUAGCUCCACCUUCGGAUAAUAGGGG